AUGUUAUCACGGCGUCUUAGUGCGUUAUCCAUUCGUAAAAUAUGCGGCAAGCAACUAGUUUAUGCGGAAUACGGAGAUCCAGUUAAGGUGCUCAAGCUUCAAACAAUUGAUUUGCCUGACACUCCGCCAAGUGGACAUGUACACGUGAAAUGGAUUGCAUCUCCUAUCAAUCCUGCAGACUUAAACACACUUCAAGGAGUGUAUCCCAUAAAACCACCGCUUCCUGCUGUCGGUGGCAGUGAGGGUUUUGGACGAGUGGAGAAGGUGUGUUUCUUUGGGGAAAUUCCUUUUUCUUAUCUCAGGAUCAUUUGUAAAAGUAAAAAAUGCACUUUACAACUGCGGAUUGUGGUUUAAAA